CGAAGGAACCCCCGAGGCGGGCGCGACCGCGACGGGACCGGCGCCUCAGCGCUCUCACUGACGGAAGGACCUGGGAGAGCCGGAAGGCAGGCCUGGGAAGUCAGCGCCCACGGAGACAGUGAACGGUUAGGCUCCAAGGACCACAAUCCCCGCUGCUGCUUUCCCCUCUCCUAACCGUUAGGGCCAUGGCUGAGGUGCACGUGAUCGGGCAGAUCAAGGGGGCCACCGGCUUCUCAGAAAGUAGCCUCUUCUGCAAGUGGGGCGUCCACACAGGGGCAGCGUGGAAGCUCUUGUCGGGUGUACGGGAGGGCCAAACGCAGGUGGACACACCCCAGGUGGGGGAUAUGGCCUACUGGUCCCACCCCAUCGACCUGCACUUCGCCACCAAAGGCCUCCAAGGCUGGCCCCGGCUCCAUCUCCAGGUGUGGUCCCAGGACAGCUUUGGCCGCUGCCAGCUCGCUGGCUACAGCUUUUGCCACGUGCCCAGCAGCCCAGGCACCCACCAGCUGGACUGUCCCACGUGGCGGCCCCUGGGCAGCUGGCGGGAGCAGCUGGCACGGGCCUUCGUGGGGGGCGGGCCACAGCUGCUGCAUGGGGACACCGUCUACAGCGGGGCAGACCGCUACCGCCUGCACACGGCCGCCGGUGGCACCGUGCACCUUGAGCUCGGCCUGCUGCUGCGCCACUUCGACCACUAUGGCGUGGAGUGCUGAGGAACCCUGUCUCCACAGCCGGCCUCCACCCUGUCCUGGGCACCCGAUGAGGGGCAGGAUGCCACAGCACAUGGGCUCUGGAGUCUGCCAGAGUUGACUCCAGCCAAGGGGGGCCCUGCUGAUGUCUUCUCUAGGACUUGCAGCCAGAAUCUUAUCUCUGGGCCCCAGUUUCCCUCUCUGUAAAAUGGGGGCAGUGAGUGGUGAGAGGAGGCUGCUUAGCACCUGGGAGGGGCUCAAUAAAGGAGAUCGUUUCUUA